UCUUUUCUGUUUUGUCUCUGCAUGACGGCUGAUGUCCAGUGCGUGCUGCAGGGGCCCUUCAGGCCCACAAUGCGCCUUUGUGCUGUGUAGCAUGCGUGGAAUUUGCAUAGGCUGUGCUGGGGCAGGCGGGUGUCUUUGUUUUUGAAAACAAGGAGCAAGUUCUUUUCUCAGUGUCUUUGCUUCCCAAUGCCUCUCCAAAAGCUGUCGACAUUCAUUGACGCCGUCUGCAGGUUUAUCACCUGCAACGACUCCUCGUUCCACGGGCAAACCGUCAUCUUCAACCCUGACUUCUUUGUGGAGAAGCUGCGGCAUGAGAAGCCUGAAGUCUUCACAGAGCUGGUGGUCAGCAACAUCACCAGGCUCAUCGACCUGCCGGGAGCAGAGCUGGCCCAGCUGAUGGGGGAGGAGGACCCCAAGCUGCCGGGUGGCACCGGCUUCUUUCGGUCCCUAAUGUCUCUGAAGCGGAAAGAUAAGGGGGUGGUGUUUGGCUCCCCGCUGACUGAGGAGGGCAUCGCCCAGGUCUCGCAGCUCAUCGAGCACCUGCACAAGCACCUGCGAAUGGAGGGCUUGUUCCGGGUGCCGGGGAACAGCGUCAGGCAGCAGAUCCUGAAGGACGCUCUGAACAGUGGGGCCGACGUGGACCUGGAAUCGGGGGAGUUUCACUCCAAUGACGUGGCCUCCCUGCUGAAGGUGUUCCUGGGGGAGCUACCAGAGCCCCUGCUGACACACAAGCACUUCCAAGCCCACCUCAAAAUUGCAGACCUGAUGCAGUUUGAUGACAAGGGGAACAAGACCCGCAGGCCGGACAAGGAGCGGCAGAUCGAAGCCCUGCAGCUGCUCUUCCUGAUCCUCCCCCCGCCCAAUCGCAACCUGCUCAAGCUGCUGCUGGACCUGCUCUACCAGACGGCCAAGAAGCAGGACAAGAACAAGAUGUCAGCCCACAACCUGGCGCUCAUGUUUGCCCCCCACAUCCUGUGGCCCAGACACGUGACAGCCAGCGACCUGCAGGGGAGCAUCUCAAAGCUGAACGACGGCGUGGCCUUCAUGAUCAAGCACUCGAAGAAACUCUUCAAGGCUCCGGCGUACGUUCGGGAAUGUGCCAGGCUGCACUACCUGGGCUCCAGAGCUCACGCCUCAAAGGUGAGGGCAGCAGGGGAGUGGCUGCCGCCGGGGCAGGGCCAAGGUUGCUGUGCCCAGGGCUUUCCAAGUGAGAGAAGCUGGAAAGGGGGCCAGUGCUGAGAACGGGCAGGA